CUGAUCUUUCUAGGUCAACUAUCCAGACAUUAUUUACUGUUAUCAAUUAUAGCCUCCCACCAUAUAGGGACCUCUUUUGGUCUGUGGUUAGAUUCAAUGGACUGUGUUUGCCAGAGAAGGGCCACCUGCAUCAUGUACAGAUACCCUGUAUUGACAGAUUCAUUCAGUAACUGCUCCUUUGUACACACACAACAUGUACUUAAUAAUAAUAUACAACGCUGCCUCUUCAAAGAAAGAGGGCCGCUGGCAUAUUCAAACAGUAGCCUGACAUCCAUUCGAUGUGGAAACUCUGUGGUGGAAGACAAAGAGCAGUGUGACUGUGGGACCUUCAAGCAGUGUUACAGCAACACAUGCUGUGAAAGUGACUGCAGCUUCACACCUGGGAGCAUCUGUAACAGAGAAACGUGCUGUGCAAACUGCACCCACUCGCCUGCAGGGACACUCUGCAGACCGAUCCAGAACAUCUGUGACCUUCCGGAGUACUGCCUGGGGAAGGACACGAGGUGCCCCAGUGACUUUUAUCUGCAAGAUGGAACCCCGUGCACUGAGGACGGCUACUGCUAUCAGGGCAAUUGUACCGACCGCAGUAUGCACUGCAAGGAGAUCUUUGGGGAGGGGGCGCUGAGCGCGCCAGACGUCUGCUACAGCAUAAAUAAAAAGGGCCACCGAUUUGGACACUGUAAAGUUACUGAUGAAUACCGGCCAAAAGGUUGUGCGGACGCUGACGUUAUGUGUGGACGCCUACAGUGUGUCAACGUCACUCAUCUGCCUCGGUUGCAGGAACAUGUGGGCUUCCAUCACUCAAUCAUAGGGGGGUCCUUGUGUUUUGGCGUGGGUGCACACCGUGCGACAGAUACAACUGAUGUUGGUGCUGUGAGACCUGGUACUCCCUGCGGCGGUGGAAACUUUUGUCUUCAGGGCUUCUGCAAUGCUACUCUGGCGGCCAUCGACUACAACUGUCCCCCUUCGAAAUGCAACUACAGGGGCGUGUGCAACAAUAACAGGAACUGCCAUUGCCAUGUAGGCUGGGACCCUCCCCUGUGCAUUAACCAUGGUGCAGGAGGGAGUGUGGACAGCGGACCCCCUCCAAGAAGAAGGCGGUCAGUGAGGGCAGGAGGUAUGUCACUGGUGUAUUUGAGAGUCGUUUUUGGUCGCAUGCUUGCCCUCAUAGCUGCCCUCCUCUUUGGCGUAGCCACGAAUGUGAGAACUAUCCAGACCACUACAGUCACUGAAGUGAAAGUUCGUGGAAAGUAA